UAAACAUGAAGUUCAUCGAAGGCUAAGGUAGAGGUCGUAUUGCCACUUGAAAAGGCAUCCUCUGGAGUUUUGAGCCUGUGGAGUUGUUUCACAUGAGGCAGAGUAUGACUCAUGCUAAUGAAAAGGGCAAAGAAGAUUUUUUUUAAGAAAUAUAUCGCAGUUAAAUUAGUUUAGACAGCAUGACAUCAGAGAGUAAUUAAAUAGGUUUGUUGGAAUUCCGUUUCCAAUUCCUGAGUUCAGGUUUGUAAAAGAUUUCUGAGCACCUGCAGGUCUCUGUGUGUGAAAUAUUUUCACUGGAAAGGAUUCAAAACUUUAAAAAAACCUUUUAACACAGAGGCAGCAUUACGCCAUUCUUCCUUCUUGGAAAAAAAAAAAAAACCCUCAGAUUUAAACAGGACUCCUUCAAGUUUUCAGUCAGUUUUACAGAAGAAAACGAGGUGGUAAACUUUCUCUUUUCAAGAACAAGUUCUUUAUAGCUGCUAACUGAAGUCAGGGGAGAUCGUAUCUGAGCACAUGAGCAUUUCCACUAUGGGACUGGAUACAAGUAUUGAACAACGAGAUUUGAAAUGUUUUAAUCUCAAACGAAAACCAUUUUUGCUGACUUUGGUUUUUAAUUUCUUUCAUGUUUUCUUCUGCCAAACUGGAGGAACCUUUUCUGAUUUUUUCUUUAGUGGCAUUCAGAGGAAGACCAGAGGAUGAAAAUCCUGCACUUUCUCACUUUACUGCUUUGGCAUUUGACUUGGCUGUCUCUGGAUCUAGUUCCUGGAGCACUGAGUAAUUCUGAAGCAGGCCAGAGUAAUCCAGGAUCUAAACUAGGUUUGUUAAAAACAGAAGGAAAAGAGAGGAGUCCCUCAGCUCGGGCAGGUACGCUGCGGACUGUGAACCAUGGAUACAGUACUGGGACCUCAAAGGCUAGGACUAAAAGCAGUGCUACUCAGGCUGGAGCUCUCUUGGCCAAGAAUGAUGAAUCACAGAAGGUUCUCUCAAGAACAGCAGCCACGGAGGCAAAGGACUCUCUCAGAUGCAGAAAGAAAAGGUGUUAAUGGAAGUGUAAAACUGGAGGCUGGACUUGCCAAUACAAUAACCAGCUUUAUAGACAAAGGACAAGAUGAGCGAGCACCAACUAUAAGAAAACAAAAAUAUAUUUUUGAUAUUAGUGCAUUAGAAAAAGAUGGCUUGCUGGGAGCAGAGCUUCGAAUAUUGAGGAAAAAACCUUCUGAUACUUGGAAGUCUCAUUCUUCUGGAAAAACUUCCCAAGUGAAAUUAUUUAGUUGCUCUACCAACAGACAAGCAGCAACACUCCUGGACUCUCGUACUGUCAGUAUCACAGAUACACCAAAAUGGGAAGUGUUUGACAUCUGGAAGCUUUUUAGGAACUUUAAAAACUUGGUUAAUUUGUGUUUUGAACUGGAAACUUUUGACAGGGGGAGAGCUGUUGAUCUCAGGACUGUGGGAUUUAAUAGAACCGGAAGACAGGUCAAUGAAAAGGCUCUCUUCUUGGUAUUUGGGAGGACAAAAAAAAGAGACUUAUUUUUCAAUGAAAUCAAAGCUAGAUCUGGCCAAGACGACAAAACCGUUUAUGAGUACUUAUUCAAUCAGAGGCGGAAGAGAAGAGCUCCUUUAGCAACACGUCAAGGGAAGAGGCCCAGUAAGAAUCCGAAGGCAAGGUGUAGCAGAAAAGCCCUCCAUGUGAAUUUUAAGGAUAUGGGUUGGGAUGACUGGAUAAUAGCCCCCCUAGAAUACGAAGCGUAUCACUGCGAAGGUCUUUGUGAAUUCCCCCUUCGAUCCCAUCUGGAACCCACCAAUCACGCAGUUAUCCAAACUUUAAUGAACUCAAUGGACCCUGAAUCAACGCCCCCAACUUGCUGCGUCCCAACCAGGCUGAGUCCUAUCAGCAUUCUUUUCAUUGACUCUGCAAACAAUGUGGUCUACAAGCAGUAUGAGGACAUGGUGGUGGAGUCGUGUGGCUGUAGGUAGCAGAACAGUUGCUCAAGUGAAUAUGUUAUGAAAGGUUAUAUGACACACCAAAUGUAACCUCUGCUCAAACAAGGUUAACUUAAUUUCUUACCCCUAGGGUAAGUAUGUUUACAAAGAUAUAGCAACAAAUCCAGUGAUUCUGUAUAUCUCUCCACCAUGGGCAUAUUUUAGAAUAUUUGGAUGCUAUCAUGCAGCCCAAUAUAAAGCCUUGUUUUGGCAACAGAAGACUGGUUCUUACUAAAGUCUGUGUCAGAGAAGAUGAGACCUUUGUGCCUCUAUAUCACCUGCUUUUACCCUAGAAGCAGUGUGUAAAGAUGGUAUCAGUGAGCUGUGGAUAUGAUGUUUGCUCCUUUGAACAAUGUUCUUGAGGCUGAAUUUACACAUGUCCCAUGUGCAUUAUCCAUUAAGAAAUGUAAGAAAAAAGUACUGAUAUCCAAAAGAGAAGGUUGUGUUCUGGCAUGCUCCCAUCUUGGUGUAAAUAGUUACACUGUAAUAUGAUUUCUUUCUGAUUAGCUCUUAAAACUAUGCAUAUAUAAAAUGAAAUAAUUAAAUAUAAUAUGCUGAUUUAGUUUUAAGUUGUACAUGGAGAUAGGUGAAGCAGGAGGUGUUUGUUUCCAUGUACGUUUUCCUCCAAGCUACAUAUCUUUCUUAAGUAUCCACCUUUCCAUUGUUAUGUAGCAAGAUAUAUUACUCUGUAUAAGGUCCACGUUGUUCUCAAAUGCUCAUAGUAAAAGUGUUCAAUUAUGGCAUAAGAUGUAAUAAAUUAUUGACACAGUGCUAUGUUUUGUCCAGCUGUCCAAC